AUGCAGUGCCCGCGUGAUGGGUCCGAACACAGAGGUGCAGACGACAGCGUGCAGGACACGUCCGAGACGAAUCUCACUUCCAAGGUCCUUGUCCUCCCAUCUUUGGCAUGGUUUCUUUGCGAGUCUUCAUUUUCUGGCUUAGCUGGAGCCAAUCGAUGGCUUUGGGGCCAGCUACACUCAAGAGAGUGCUUCCGACCAUUAGUGAUGGCGCUGCCUCCUCUACCAGAGGGGCAGGCGCUUCGGCGGCGGAUUUGGCACCGGUUACUCCUCGGUGCCAUGGAACUUGCCGUUGAAGGCCAUCGCUUUGAGGAUCUUUCCCAGCGACCCAGUGAGGCAGAUGCGGAGAUUCAGCGAGAUGUUGGCCGAACGUUCCCAGAGCGCUUUGAUGAGGCAACUCAACAGGCUUUGUUUCGCGUCCUUCGGGCGGUCUCGCACCGUGUCGAGGACAUCGGAUACUGCCAAGGGAUGAACUUCAUUGCAGGUGUGAUGCUUUGCGUCUUCAGAUCUUGCGCAACAUCAACUGCCCUACAGGCAGCUGAACCCUUUGCCUACCACUGUGUGCUCUCUAUGCUGUUGCGCCAUGGCAUGAACCAGUAUUUUGGUGCAGGAUUCCCAAAGCUGCGCCUGAGUGCGUUGCAGUUCGAUUGCUUGCUGGAGGCCUACUUGCCAGACCUCUCUGCCUUCUUCAACCGCUUUAACAUCAGUGCAGAGUUCUACGCCACUCAAUGGUUUCUCACGCUCUUCGCCUACUCGCUGCCCUUUCCGCACCUUUUGCGGGUUUGGGACCAGUUCUUGUGUCGGGGCAUGAAGUGGCUGAAGCCCAGUCGGAACGCAUCGGAACGGAGACGUUUUGGGUCGACGGUGUGGCGAGGUGUCGAGGUGAUGGGGGCAGCCCAGUGA